AUGCCAACACCUGAUGGCCAUCGCUAUCUGCCUUCUACCGCCGUCUUCCUCGUCGAAGCUCUUAAGCUGGUCAUAUGUCUGACCAUCGCCUUCCACGAAUUUGCGCUGAACGCGCCGGGCACCGUGACCCUGACGCAUCUAAUAGGCGGAUUCACAAAUGCCAUAAUCGCGGGUGACAGCUGGAAGAUGGCCAUACCUGCAAGCGUCUACACUUUGGCAAACAGCCUGCAAUACGUUGCCAUCUCCAACCUCGACGCAGCCACCUUUCACGUUGUCUACCAGUUCAAGAUCAUCGUCACCGCAGUCUUCAGUGUGGUGAUGCUGCGAAGGAGUUUGACGCCUCGGCAAUGGCUGGCUCUACUGAUGCUCAUGAUCGGAGUCGCUCUCGUCUCCUUACCACACGAAGAAAGGCAUUCCCUGGCAUCGAGCCACCAUACACGUAUCUACGUUCCGCGGUCGAUCAACCCCCUCCUACAGCACCUCGGUCUUUCGCCGAGCGGCGCAAACAUGCGGAAGCGAUCUGCGACCUACGAAGGCAUUGAGGAAGAUGAACUCGCGCUCAAUAGCCCUGGCGCAGACGCAUCCGUCGGCCUGCUUGCCCUCCUGUCGGUGUGUGUCUGUUCUGGAUGGGCAGGUGUUUACUUUGAGCGUACCAUUAAAGACUCGACGCAUUCCACGUCAAUGUGGAUCCGUAACGUUCAGCUAUCGCUAUACUCCCUCUUUCCGGCCUUCUUCAUCGGAAUCAUAUUUCUUGACGGCGAACAUGUGGCCAAGAACGGCUUCUUCGCUGGUUAUAACUGGGUCGUGGUCUUGUCUAUUGCGAUUCAGUCCUUUGGCGGCAUCGUGGCAGCGUUUGCGAUCUACUAUGCCGACAACAUCUCCAAGAACUUUGCUGUGAGCAUCAGCAUGAUCUUGAGCAGCUUUGCAAGCUUCAUAUUUUUCGACUUUAUUGCUUCCAUGAAUUUUAUUAUCGGUACCACAAUAGUUCUGUUGGCUACGUGGCUGUACUCGACGCAUGAUACAGGAAAUGGGAAACCUCCUCAGAUUAGGAUUCAGGAGUUCGAGAAACCCACAAUCUCUAGUCCCACAGAGGCUGGCGAUAUGUCUAUUCAAAUUCCCAAAACCCCGCUCAGCUCAGAAGAGAAGGCACUCGCAACCUCUCGGCCCGGAUCGCCUUCCUAUAAGAAGAGGAAGAAUGAGGUGGGUUACUUCACGAAGGCACAUGAUUGA